AUGAGGCAGACAGUUGAGGAGGUUGAGCCAGAGGGGGCAGGCAACGAGCGAGGGUGGAAUGGAGAGGUGGGGAGGAGGAGCAGUGAGGAGGGGAAUAGUGAGGUGCAUGAGUUGAAGGGUGAGUUGAAGGAUGAGUUGAAGAAUGUAUCAGCUGCCAUCUUUGCUGUUGUGGAGAAGGAGAGGGUAGUGGGAGCGCUGGAGCGUGAGUUGGGUGAGCUGAAGUGCCGCUUGCUUAAGGUGGAGAGUGAAAAGGAAGCGGCGGUAAAAGUGGCUGCAGAGCAGGCUGCUGCGGAGAAGGUGGGAUCAAUGGAGCGUGAGUUGGGUGAACUGAAGAAGCAUUUGCUGAAGGUGGAAGGUGAAAUGGAAGCCGCGGAGCAGGCAGCUGCGGAGAAGGUGAAUGACUUCGCGGGGGCAGUGGAGCGUGAGUUGGGUGAGGUGAAGAAGCAUUUGCUGAAGGUGGAGGGUGAACAGGCAGCUACGGUGAAAGUGGCUGCGGAAAAGGCAGAUGCAGAGAAGUUGAAUGAGUUGGUUGGAGCAGUGGAGCGUGAUUUGGGUGAGGUCAAGGGCCGUAUGAUUAAGGUAGAGGGUGAAAGGGCAGAUGCAGAGAAGGUGAUCGUGAGGGUACGGCCGGCAACAGGGUCUGAGCGGACGGAGAACCCCGGGAAGAACUGUGUUGUGCAGAACAACUCCCGGUCGCUGUUGCUGGUGAACCCGGACGGGGUCAGCGCGGCGGAGCAGUUCACAUUCGACCACGUGGCAGGGGAGAGCGCGACGCAGGAGGACCUGUUCGAGAAGGCAGGGAGGCCCAUAGUCGAGAACUUUCUUGCUGGUUACAACAGCACAAUGUUCACUUUUGGCCAGACUGGCAGCGGCAAAACACACACGCUGUUUGGAGCUGAAGUGGACAAGGCUGACAUGGACAGAUUGCUACGGGAUAAGGCUGGCGAAGUGGAGGUCAGGUCGGGAUGGGGAAUGAUUGCGCGAGUCUUCCAGCUGGUCUUCGCGCUGAUGAAACAGGAGGCAAAGCAGAGGGAGCGCGAGCAUCUGAGUUUCAACUGCUCAUGCUCCUUUGUGGAGAUAAGCGGCCAGCAAGUAAAUGACUUGCUCGACCCCAAGCGCUGCAACCUGGACAUUCGAAAGGGUCCCAGCGGUGUGUAUGUGGAGAAUCUCACCAAGAAGCCAGUCACCUGCCUUGGGCAGGUCAUGGAACUGGUUCAACGGGGAGCAAAGAACCGGAAACAGGCACCGACAAACAUGAAUCAGAACAGCAGCCGGUCGCACUGUGUGCUCUCCUGUUACAUCGAGAGCACGGUGAGUGCAGACGUUGCAGUGCUGGUGCUGGCAGGCUUGAAGGUGCAGAGUGGAACUCACGGUGACUGGAGUGUGGUGCUGGCAGGCUUGAAGGUGCAGAGUGGAACUGUGAGUGCCGCUUGCAACAUUGAUAGCACGGUGACUGGAGUGUGGCAGAAGUCAUCAGGGGCCACUGGAGAGCGGCUCAAGGAGGCGAGCUCCACCAACACGUCCCUCACCCAGCUUGGCAUUGUCAUGAGGGCAUUGGUGGAGUCACUGAGGAAGAACAAGCCUGUCUACGUGCCCUACCGCGACUCUUCCCUCACCCUCUUUCUCGAGGACUCGCUUGGGGGCAACUCCAAGACCACCAUGCUGGCCUGCCUCAGCCCAUUCGCACUGUCAUUCCAGGAGUCCCGCAGUACGCUCAAGUUCGCCCAAAUGGCGACGCUAAUUCGCAAUAAGCCGCUAGUGAAUGAGGCUGCAAAGGGCAACAAGGACGCUCUUAAGAAGGAAAACGUGCGGCUCAAGACAACCCCGACAUGUUUCGAGACUCGAGAGGGGGAGGCCGUGGGGGCAGUGAGGUUGUUUUUGAGGUGCCUCAAAAGCAACACAUUCACUCCUUGUCCCCGCUUCUUGCCCCGCUGCUUAACCCCCCUUGCCCCUCCCCUUGUCCCCUCCACUUGUCCCUCCCCUUGUCCCCUCCUCUUGUCCCUCCCCUUGUCCCCUCCUCUUGUCCCUCCCCUUGUCCCCUCCUCUUGUCCCUCCCCUUGUCCCCUCCUCUUGCCCUUCCCCUUGUCCCCUCCUCUUGCCCCUCCCCUUGUCCCCUCCUCUUGCCCCUCCCCUUGUCCCCUCCCCAUGUCCCUUCCAUUGCAGACAACCCCGACAUGUUCCGAGACUCGAGAGGGGGAGGCCGUGGGGGCACGGGAGGCGGAGGGGGAAGAGGAGGGGGAGGGGGGUACGGUGGGGGCGAUCCGUAUCAGCAGGGAGAUGGGGGCGGAGGGGGAUACGGGGGUGGGGGAGGCUAUUGGGGUGGUGGUGGGUAUGGGGUUGGAGGCGGUGGGGGGAAGGGGGAGGGGAGAGGCGACAAGCAGCAACAGAUGA